ACCCAAAAUCACACAAAGUGUCUUAUCCAAAGGCAGGGGGAGUCUCACCCAAAUUUUCACACAAAGGAAACAGAAUAUGAGCGUCCCUUCAGGGCGCCGUUUGGUCAAGAAGUUAGCAGAGAAAUUCAGAUUUAAGAAACAUUUAUUAAGUACUUGCAUCAUUUCCAUUCAUGCUUAAAAGAACUGCCCCCUUAGUACUGUACUGAUCAGAUGAAAAAACAGGCUCAGAGGGAUAAAUGUAAUUUCUCCCAAAAUCAAUCUAGCAAAACAGUGGCAUUGUCAGGAUUACACGUUCAGGUCCAGAAGCUUCCAGCAGCUUCGUGAAUCUUAUCCCAGGUUCUCCGCUUUCUGUGCCUUGGGUUGACGUGAACGGGCCCUCCCUUUCUCCAGUCCCCGAGUCCGCUCAGAGCGGUGGAUUCUGGGAUUUGCAGUAUCCAGCGAUGAAUUGAGACUCCGUGGGCCAAUAGAAUUCGAGCACAGACGGCUGUACCCGCCUCCGCUGCCUGCUGGUUGCUCAGGGACACCCCUCGAAUUAGCCAAUGAGAAGCGCACGGGUCCUGGUCGCCUGGGAAACCGUGUAACAACAAGAUGGCGGCGCCGCGGGCGGCUCUGCAGCCUUGCGUGGUGAGUCACGGCCCUAGACCUUUCUGCCCAUGGAGCCACACACACAGUCUGGGGUCCUCACCCCGAGAACCUCGAGGACACGCGAGACCCGCGGCCCGGCUCCCCCAGAAGACCCCCCCCGCGCCCUGGGAGCAGAUUCGGGCCCCCGCCUACCAUGGCUACGCGUGGAGGCAGGGAGGCGGUGACGCGGCUCCUAGGGCGGGACUGGUGGUAGAAGUCACGUGGGAGUUCCUGACAGCUAGAGACUAGAAGUAGAAUUAUGAGCUCACCUUUGGCCUCCCUUGGCAAGACCCGGCGAGUGCCUCUGCAUUCGGAGCCUGUGAAUCCGGGGAGGCGAGGGAUAAAAAUGUACGGAAAUGAAGAUGAGGUGGACGUGCUGAAUGACGCGCACGGCUCAGAAGAAAGGAUCUCUGUUCCUUCCUGCUAUGGUGGCAUAGGUGCCCCUGUGACUAGGCAAGUCCCUGUGUACCACGACUCGGAGUUGAUGGCCACCAUGGCGAGGAAAGUGCGGGAUCUGGAGCGGCAGGUGAAGGCCCAGGCGGAUGAGAUGCUCUCCAAGGAUCAGAAGAUACGGGCCUUGGAGGAGCUGGUGGAGACCCUCCAGGAGCACCAGGGCACGGUGACCCUGCAGCGGCAGGAGGAGCUGGAGACCACAUGUGCGCAGCUGCAGCGGCAGGUCGGGGAGAUGGAGCGGUUCCUCGGUGACUACGGCCUGCAGUGGGUGGGUGAGCCCAUGCAUGAGGAGGACUCAGAGGAUGGCGAAAGGGACUGGAUGACAGCCAAGAAGUUCUGGAAGCCAGGAGACUCACUGGUACCCCCCGAGGUAGACUUUGACAGGCUGCUGGCUAGCCUGAAGGAUCUCAGUGAGCUGGCGGUAGACAGUGACACCCAGCUGACACCAAUGCCCAGCAGAGUGCCACACUGUGUCCUUGAGCCCAUCCCACUGAAGCUCUACCGGAAUGGCAUCGUGAUGUUCGAUGGGCCCUUCCGGCCCUUCCACGAUCCCUCCACACAGCGCUGUCUCCGAGACAUAUUGGAUGGCUUCUUCCCGUCAGAGCUCCAGCGGCUGUACCCUGACGGGGUCCCCUUUAAGGUGAGUGACCUGCGCAAUCAGGUCUACCCAGAGAAUGGGCUGGACCCGUUCCCAGGCGAGGGCCGAGUGGUAGGCUGGCAGAGGAUUCGAAAGCCCUUGGACAGGAUGGAGCACCCAGGCUCCAGGAUGAUCGCCGAGAAGUUUCUGAACAGGCUGCCCAAAUUAGUGAUCCGACAAGGCGAGGUGAUUGACAUUCGAGGCCCCAUCCAGGGCACCCUCCGGAACUGCUGCCCAUUGCGUGUCCAGAUCCAGGAGAUCGUGGUGGAGACGCCUGCCUUGGCUGCUGAGCGUGAGAGGAGCCAGGAGUCUCCGGAGUCACCCGUGCCCGCGCUCUCCACGCUGCGCAUCAAGUCUGAGAAUGGCGAGCAGGCCUUCCUGCUGCUGAUGCGGCCGGAGGACACAGUCGGUGAUGUGCGCACCCUGCUUGCACAGGCCAGGGCCGUGGAGGCCACCACCUUCGAGAUCUUCAGUACGUUCCCGCCCACAGUCUACCACAAUGACGCUCUCACACUGCAGGCCGUGGGCCUGGUGCCCAACGCCACGCUGCUGCUUCGGGCGCGCCGGGCUCCGCUGCCCGCCCCCGGCCCCGAAUAAAGCGCCCACCCCAACACCGGCUGCUCUGCGAGGCUCUCUUGGCAGGGCAGCCCAGCAGCACUAGCUCCGCUGAGGAGGGGGCGGCGCCGAGCCACCCCUCUGUAACUUGAGCCCCAGCUGGCGGGCCUGGCCGCUGGGUCUUUGUCCUCUAGGUUCCUCUUUCUGCUCAGAAGGGCUAAGCUGCUCCAGGGGAGAGAGGGCCCACCCCAGCCCAGCGCCUCUUGUGCCAGUGUGCAGAUCCCUGCGCACAGACACGCGCAGGGCCACAAGCACGUGGGGACACUUCAACACUAUGCAUCAAAGCCACUGCCCCAACACUGACAGAACUGCAUCUGGGCACCCACUUCCAUGACACACCCACACCUAGCCGAGCUGUUGGGACACAGGCAGGUGGCCACGAGGCACAGCCGCGUUACUGACUGGCAUGCAAACGUGCAGUAUACACCAAGGUAAUGGACACCAUCACGUGCAUGUGCACUGGAGGGUGACCCACCCACACGCUCUAGAAACCGUUGGUCCACACAGGUAUGUGUGUGCUGGACAUAUAUCCAAACACACGCACUGUCAAUCGCACACAGAGGUGCCACACGGGAGCACAGCCUCAGCACAAUCACAUCUACCAGACUUGCUCAGAGCAGGGACCCAGGAUGUCCACGCCACACCAGACAAAGACACGAUGCCAAUGGAAUGGAACAUUUAAUUGUUUCUGCGGUG